AUGAAGCUGGGCGGCCGCUACGACGUCAGCAGCGAGGUCGACGGCAUGCGCGCGCCGCUGCACGGCCUGGAGUUCCACGUCGACGACGCGGUCGAGUUCCCGCAGUUUCGCCGGCUCGUGGCCGUCGACCUUGUCGACGUGCACCGGCUGCCUGUGUGGCUCGUCGGGGCCAGCAAGACGGGCGUUUUCAGCGUGUUCACGGCGGAUAAGGACUCUGAGGCCGUGUUCCAGGAGAUCAUGGUGUGCUGUGACUUUGAGCUCGGCGAGAUUGUCGGCCUGUUGCUGGAAACCGACCAGAGCCAGCGGUACGUCGUGCUGUAUCCGCGGCUGGAGGAGGAUCACGUGGAGAUCAAGGGCGUGGUGCUGGACCUGGACAACGAGUUUGUGCGGCGGGCCGAACGGCUUGCGGCCACGCCAAUUAGCUGCGAAGUGCCCAGCGAUUGCGCCGCAGUUAUCGAGUCGCCGCCACAACGUGGGGGAAAAAUUCAACAGGACGGUGGAGCGGCUGGCCGCGCGCGAGGUGCGCCGUCUGGGGCUGCAGUCGCAGCUGAGCAAGGACGAGUGCAAAGAGCUGUACGGGAUCGCACUGAAGUCGGCGCGAUUUCUGUUCCGACGGCAGCUCCGCCAGCAGCAGGAGCCCGCCGCGGACAAGCUGGCCAACGUUGUGCGCAACACGAUCCAGCUACAUCUGGAGGAGCUAUAGAUUAUGAUUCAUCAAUUCGUGCUAAUACUACAUCUGGUCAUUGA